UAACCAUGUUCUUCUUCAUCGUUCAUGAUCAUCAUUCCAAUCAUCCAAUUCAAUCAUUACAUCACCAGUGAACCUUAUCCACUCAACACUACUACUCUAGCAGUAUACCAACUCCAAACCACCAACCAAAAUGUCCUUCCCCUACCAGCACUUCCUCCUCAUCGGCGCCACCUCCGGCAUCGGCGCCGCGAUGGCCGACCGCCUCAUCGCCAACGGCGCCAAAGUAACAGCCGUCGGACGGCGUCAGGACCGACUGGACGCAUUCGUGCAGAAGCACGGCGCCGAGAAGGCCAGCGCCGUCGCCUUCGACAUCAGCAAGACCGAGCAGAUUGCCGGGUUCGUGGCGGACGUGACGGCGCGGUUUCCCAGCAUCGACUGCGUGUUUCUGAACGCCGGACUGCAGCGGCCGUACGACCUCUCGACGCCCGAGGGCUUCGCGCUCGAGAAGUUCCUGUACGAGGUGCAGGUGGAUUUCACGAAUGUGGUGCUCCUGACGCAUGCUUUCUUGCCGUUUUUGAAGAGCAAGGCGGAGAAUGGGGGUGUUGGCGGGUUUCUCUUUACCGGUACGAACCUUGCCAUCGUCCCUGCAGCUCCCAUGCCGGCGUAUUCUGCCGCAAAGGCCGCGUUGAAUGCAUUCGUGCUGUGUCUGCGCCACCAGCUGCAGAAGACGAAUGUCAAGGUGAUUGAGGUGUCGCCGCCUGCUGUUCAGACCGAAUUGCACGACUACAUGACCCCGGAGGUUGGACGCAACGUGGGCAUGCCCUUGGACCAGUUUGUCGACCAGGCUUUUGCCGGUCUGCAGUCGGGCAAGGACCAGGUGGUUGUGGGCAGCAUUUUGGCGGAGGACAGAUUCCACGAGAUUGUGAACAAGCGUCGGGAGGCGUUUGAGGAGCUGGCGGCGAUCUUUGAUAAGCUUCAUUAGACUGGUCGAAGAGGAUGC